AUGUCGGCUGCGUCAGAUCAUUCCGACCAGAGCCAGGGCAUCUACCGGGACGCAACUACGGAACCUAAGCGUAAGAAGAGCAACCCGGGUAAAUCACGGCGUAAGAGACGACGACCGGAGCGAGAGCAACAGGCGCAGGACUUACAGUCAGCUCUGACAUUCUCGGAGGUUGUGGCGGUUGAGCGAGGUAGGGAAGACACCCGAACCAUCCUCUCAUACUCCAAGAUAGUGGCAGUGGAGCAAGCGCCGGAUGAUAUCUCGGAGGAUUCAAGCCUUGGAAGGAGGAACAACCCACUCGCUCAGACCGCCGAGCGCGGCCCCCUCGAUCGUUACCCUAUUACCUCCAUCCAAGAAGCAGCACUCGACCAAGCCAUACUGAUGGAAGUAACCGUACUUUGUGACAGCUGCAAGCAGGCGGGGCCCGAUGCUUCAGGACCCGACGCUUUGGAUGCGGAAAGCAACCGGCAGCAGCAUACCCAGUCUAGGACACCAGAACACCAGUCGUCACAGCACGCUGAAGCCGGCAGCUCCUGCGCGCCUAUAUAA